CUUUCGAAUGGCUUUUUUUUUGUGUUUCUGCGUGUGUCUAUUUUUUUUAUUAGUUCAAUUUCUUUUGUUACAAAUCUAGAUUUUAUAUUCUAAAAUUAUAAUUUAGCAUCCCGAAUAAAUAUGGAUGAAAAUCUGGAUAUAAAACCAACAUUUGAUCAGGCAACAACAUCAGUGAACAAUAAUGAUCAACAACAAUCAUCAAUAUCAUCAUUUUAUCCAUUACCACCAAUGCGUUAUAUAAAACAAUUUACCGAUAUUAAUGUUCGUAAUCGUUGUACACCGUUGCCACCAAAACCAUUUAUACCCGGAUCAUAUCUAAUGUUUGGCCAGAAUAUUACUAUUGAUGAUACAAUUAUACGAUCAUUAGAAUCACAAGGUCUUCGUCGUUUAUAUCCAAGAGAAUAUGAUCAUAAACGAGAAUUGAAAAAAAUAAAUGCAUCAAUUUUAGUUAAUUUUUUAGAUUUAAUCGAUGUACUUAUUCGCUGUCCAGAUACACAGAAACGUGAAGAAAAAUGUAACGAUCUUCAAUUAUUAUUUAUAACGAUGCACCAUUUAAUAAAUGAAUUAAGGCCACAUCAAGCACGUGAAUCAAUACGUGUAUGUUUGCGAAUGCAAAAAAAACAACGAGAAGAAACUACCGCCAAAUUAUCGAAACAAAUUGAACGUAUACAGGAUAUUAUUCGUACAGCUAUUAAAAAUAUCAAAGAUAAGGAUAUUAAUGAUUUAUUACAAGAAACAUUACCCGAAAAUUUUCAAUCAAAUACAAAUAUUUUGGAUGAUAAUCAUUCACCUGUAUUGAAUGGUCAUUAUGUUCAUAAAAAAUCCAAUGACGGUAAUAAUGAUGUUGAUGCUGAUAUUAAUAAUGAUGAUGAUGAUGGUGAUGGUGAUGGAGGCGAUAUUGGUAUACCAUUACGACAAUCAGCAAUAUCGAAAAUGACCGAAUUAGAUGCAUUCAUGUGUGAUCUGAUUGAUGAACAAUUCUAAUCCAUUAACCAUUUCAUAUAAAUUUUUUGUACAAAAUAAUAAUAAUCAUCAUAUAAAUUU